GCUCUUCUCUCCUGCAGAACCUUACCUGUUCCUCGCUUCAGUCUUCCCGCGGCGGCUUCUGUGACAGCCGGUGGUCCGCAGUCUCUGGUAAUCUCCUUUACUGUCCGCAGUCUUUGGUCAUCCCCUGCACUGUGUCCGCAGUCUCUGGUCAUCCCCUGCACUGUGUCCGCAGUCUCUGGUCAUCUCCUGCACUGUGUCCGCAGUCUCUGGCCAUCUCCUGUACUGUGUCCGCAGUCUCUGGCCAUCUCCUGUACUGUGUCCGCAGUCUCCGGUCCUCCCCUGUACUGUGUCCGCAGUCUCCGGUCCUCCCCUGUACUGUGUCCGCAGUCUCCGGUCCUCCCCUGUACUGUGUCCGCAGUCUCUGGUCCUCCCCUGUACUGUGUCCGCAGUCUCUGGUCCUCCCCUGUACUGUGUCCGCAGUCUCUGGUCCUCCCCUGUACUGUGUCCGCAGUCUCUGGUCCUCCCCUGUACUGUGUCCGCAGUCUCUGGUCCUCCCUGUACUGUGUCCGCAGUCUCUGGUCCUCCCCUGUACUGUGUCCGCAGUUCAUUGGUUCAGAAUUUUUUCUUGUUUUUCUCCUCUAA